UUUCCACAAGUAAGAGUUUGGCUUUGGAAAAAUACAAGAAAAAAAUGGUUCAACAGGAAGUCAGAAAAGGUCCAUGGACAGAACAGGAAGACUUCAAAUUGAUGUCCUUUGUUGGCUUGUUUGGAGACCGUAGAUGGGAUUUUAUAGCUAAGGUGUCAGGUUUGAAUAGAACAGGUAAGAGUUGCAGGUUAAGGUGGGUUAAUUACUUGCAUCCUGGUCUCAAAAGAGGAAAGAUGACACCCCAGGAAGAGCGCCUCAUACUGGAACUUCACACAAAAUGGGGAAACAGGUGGUCAAGAAUUGCUAGGAAAUUACCAGGGCGCACUGAUAAUGAGAUUAAGAAUUACUGGAGGACUCAAAUGAGGAAGAAGGCUCAAGAGAAAAAGAGGGGAGGAGCAGUUUCAUCAUCACCAUCACCUUCUAGUGUUCACUCCUCAAUAUCCUCAAACAAUCAUUCUGUGGAUUCACAUGCUUCCAAAAAGGCUGGGGAAGAAAGCUUUUAUGACACUGGAGGUCCUAAUCUGAUAGGCUCAACCCAAGUUAAGGUGGGAGAAGAUCAACAAGGUGAACAAGGGUUCUCUAUGGAUGAUAUAUGGAAAGAUAUUGAUCUUUCAGAUGAUAACAUUCUGCAGCCAGUCUAUGAUGGGAACAGUGAAGAGGGCUGCAACUUCUCUUGUCCAACUAUGCCUUCUCCUUCAUGGAAGUAUUCUUCUGACCCCUUAUGGGUGAUGGAUGAAGAGAGUUUGUUAUUCCCAACAAGUGACCCUUAUUUUUCCUGCUAUGCACAAGGUAGUGCGUUUCUAACUGGCUAGUCAGAAUUCUUUAUCCAAUCAAUAUUUUGUUCAUAUGUCACAUGUGUAUCACCUGUUUUGUCAAAGUCUAACAUGUAUAGCAGUGCAUCUUUAAGCUUUUGGCAUGGUUCUCCUUAGUGUGACACAGCUGUAAUAAACUCAAGCACAACUAUAGUCUAUGUCAAUGUUUCAGUGCUUUUACUUUCGAAGAAACAUCCAAUAGGGUAGGGAGUUGGUAUGUUCUGAAUGUAAAAUAUCAAGCACUUGUUUACAUGUGAGUUUUAAUCUGAUCUACACUUCUACCAAUAAAAGCUCUUUUUUUUUCGUAUAUACCAAUA